CACAGACACACACUGGCGCAUGCGCGGCCUGCGAUCCCGGCGUACUGGUUCUAAGCUGAUUUAAGCGCUUCCGUUAUGCCACGCACUGUUGUAACCACUAAAUACGUAGGACUAAUUUAGUUAUCACAACUCUGGAGAGAAGUGAAGCAAGUGCCCAAGGUCUCACAGCUAGACAAUGGUCGGAUCACGAUGGAAUCCAGGCAAUCUGCUUUCACUGGACAAAAUGCCUAACGCUUCCGAACCCAUUCAUCGGAAAGCUAAUAAUGCCGAGGCACUGGCUUUAUCUACGUUUGUUAUAGGCUACAUGCCAAAUUCCGUUGUGCUCAGUUACUAAUAUUCAGGAAAAUCAGAAAACUCGAUCAAAACUUACCACUUUUUCCUUAUAGUAAAUGGAAUUACUAAUCAGGAGUUCAUUUUUUUCCAUAAAGCAUAACUCUUACGUUUUGGUUUUUGCUUUUAUGUUUAUCAAGAGUCUGAAUUUCAUUUUAGAUGUGCAGAAAAGAUUUAUUUCAAUGAUCUGAGCAAGAACUGUUUUCCAAGAUUCUAGUACAGUUACGAAGGGUCAUUUAGUGAAUGUGGUGGAAUAAGCAUUUACUUUUUGAAGCUGUAUUCUGCUGCCUUAGGGUUUGGGUUUCUCAUUAAUUCUACCUCCCUCUCCCACAAAUACUGUUUAGUCUUUUUUAAAAAAAAAAUUAAGAAUAUCAUGAUAGGAAUAUAUGUUUAGUGGCUAUCAUUUAAAUAAUUGAAAAUGCCAGAAUGCCUCCAACUCAGGCCGAAAGUGUUAUCAGGAGUAUUAUACGAGAAGUAGGACAAGAAUGUGCAGUCCAUGGAGAGAUUGUUUCGGAAACUCUGAUUGCUUUUAUGGUGAAAGCUGUUGUCCUGGAUCCAAGUAAUGGCUUUAACAUGGAUAGAACCCUCAUGAAAAGUGACGUGCAGAAUCUUGUUAAGCUUUGUAUGGCUCGGCUAUUGGAUACUAAAAAUCCAUCCCUGGACACUAUUAAGAUGCAAGUCUAUUUUGAUAUGAAUUACACAAAUCGAGUGGAAUUUCUUGAAGAACAUCACCGAGUCCUAGACUUGAGAUUAGGCUCUGUUACCAGGGAAAUUACAGAUAACAGAGCAUGUACUAAAGAAGAAUUGGAAAGCCUCUACCGGAAGAUUAUCAGCUAUAUGUUACUCCGCUCUGGCCUUGGAUCCCCUACAGACAUCAAGACUGUCAGAGAGGUAACAGCUGCUCUCCAGAGUGUUUUUCCUCAGGCUGAGCUUGGGACAUUUCUAACUCUUUGUAAGAAGGACAAAGAACGCCAACUGAAAGAACUCACCAUGAUUGUUACUGGAAUUCGUUUAUUUAACAGAGACUGUGGAAAAGGAGGAGAAGGCAUUGAUGAUUUGCCAGGUGUUCUCCAUGAAGCAAUCCCAGCCACCCUGCAGCAUAUUGAUGAUCAGCUUGAGAAGACCCAGCACCAGGCAUACUGCUACACAGCGGUCCUUGAGAAGGCAGCUGACAACCCACUCAUGAAGGCUGAACUUCAGCCAUAUAUGUUAAAAGAGGCACUAUAUAAUAUACGGCAAUGUGAGGUCUUCCUUCAGAUCAUUUUGUCAGACAUAAUUACUGGUGCUCAAGAAGUGGAAAUGAUGACAAAACAGUUAGGAGCCCAUCUGGAACAACUAAAAAUGACCGUAAAAUCAAAGACAGCCGUCCCAACGUCACAAGUCUUUCCUAUCUUCAUUGCACUUUCCACUCUGUGGACCAGCUUGCAAGAUGAAACUGUUGCAGUUGGUGUCCUCAGUAAUUUAUUCACUCACCUUCAGCCAUUCCUGGAUGCUCACGAACUAUUCUUUCCUGAGAGAGUAAUGCAACAGCAUCUCAAUGGAGUGACUGUGAAAACUGAUAUGGAUAGAAUGAAAGAACACAUGGAAGAUAGAGUAAAUGUGGCGGAUUUCAGAAAACUAGAAUGGCUUUUUCCAGAAACAACGGCAAAUUUUGAUAAACUGUUAAUUCAAUAUCGGGGAUUUUGUGCUUACACAUUUGCUGCAGCAGAUGGUUUUCUCCUUGCAGGAAAUCCAGCAAUUGGAAUUUUAAAAUAUAAAGAAAAAUACUACACAUUCAGUAGUAAAGAUGCUGCAUAUUCAUUUGCAGAAAAUCCUGAACAUUAUAUUGAUAUAGUUAGAGAAAAGGCCAAAAAACAUAUAGAGUUAAUUCAGCUAUUGGAACUUCAUCAACAGUUUGAAACAGUUAUUCCAUAUUCUCAGAUAAGAGAAGCUGACAAACAUUAUAUAAAACCAAUUACAAAAAGUGAAAGUAGCACACAGACGGAUACACACAUAUUGCCACCAACAAUUGUGAGAACCUAUGAGUGGAAUGAAUGGGAAUUAAGAAGAAAAGCUAUAAAACUGGCUAAUUUGCGCCAGAAAGUUACUCACUCGGUACAAACCAAUCUUACUCACUGGAGAAGAGAAAAUUGUUCCCAGGUGUACCCUCCAAAGAACACUAGCACCCAGUCCAUGAAGGAAGACAGCACUGGAGUGCCCAGGCCUCAGAUUUACUUAGCCGGUCUUCGUGGAGGAAAGAGCAAAAUCGCUGAUGAGGUCAAGGUGAACUUAACUAGAGCCGUUGAUGAAAACUAAUUAGAGACAACUUUUUAAAAGUAGAUGCUGCUCAAUUAUGAACGAUAGCAAGUACUUGAAGGCAUUUUUACCUCUAUAAAAAUUAAUUUUGUAAAGGUGGCACAUUGGUUGUGUGAUUGUUUAUUGGGCUCCCACAUUUUAUCAAACUGUUUUCGGUAACACAUUUUUCAUUCUAUUAAAGUUGAAAAAUAAAACUGUCCAUUUAUCUUUU